GAUGGGCACAAAGAUUGGAUAUUUUCUAUUGCAUGGAUCAGUGAUACGAUGGCUGUUUCUGGUUCCCGAGAUGGCUCAAUGGGCCUCUGGGAAGUGACGGAUGAAGUCUUGGCCAAGAGUGACGCACGGCGCAACCUGUCGCAACCUGUCCCCAUCUAUGCCCACAUCACCCACAGGGCACUGAAGGACAUCCCCAAGGAGAACACCAACCCCGCCAACUGCAAAGUCCGGGCGCUUGCUUUCAACAACAGGAACAAGGAACUGGGAGCUGUUUCUCUGGACGGAUAUUUCCACCUCUGGAAAGCAGAACACAUGCUGUCCAAGCUCCUCUCCACCAAGUUGCCCUACUGCCGGGAAAACGUGUGCCUGGCCUAUGGUCAGGAGUGGUCGGUGUACGCCGUCGGCUCUCAGGCCCACGUCUCUCUCCUGGACCCCCGACAGCCGUCCCACAAGGUCAAGUCUGUCUGCUCCAGAGAGCGAGGAAGCGGCAUCCGCUCCGUGAGCUUCUACGAACACAUCAUCACGGUGGGGACGGGCCAGGGCUCCCUGCUGUUUUACGACAUCCGAGCCCAGAGGUUCCUGGAUGAGAAACCGCCACAGAAUUUCUACGGAUCAAAAUUGGCAGGAAGUGAAAUUCUCAAACUCUCCACCGGCAAAGGUUGGCUGAAUCAUGAUGAAACCUGGAGGAAUUACUUUUCGGACAUCAGUUUCUUCCCCAACGCCGUUUACACUCACUGCUACGACUCGUCGGGCACAAAGCUUUUUGUGGCAGGAGGUCCUCUUCCUUCCGGACUCCACGGGAAUUACGCCGGCCUCUGGAGCUAAUGACGCUUUCCCCCCGGAAAAAAAAAAGGCCUCUGGAAAGCUUCUUCUUCUCCUCUCCCUCCCUCAUUCUUCAUUUUCUCUCCUUUUUUAAAAACAAAAGGAUUUGCGUGGUGGACAUUUGCGUCUUCUGGUUUUGAUGCCACUCGAGGUUUAAACAUUUUUUUUUUUUAAGGAGGGGAAACCGUCGAUCCCGUCGGGUCUCCCAGAUGUUUUUGUACAUUUUUAAAAAUGGGGUGUGUUUUUUUCCUUUUUUGGGGGUUGAUGUUGUGGUGGUUGUUGACCUGCUUUGACCUUUCUACAAUAGACUGAGGGUUGGUACCCUUUUUAUUGCGUUUCCUAAAAAUGGUGGCGUCUUCGCCCCCAAGCUUAGGCUGACCAACCGGCCCUAAGUCUCAUUUUUCUUCUCUUACUUCGCUGGGAGGUAGGAUCCCUAUAUUCGAUCGGCUGCUGCCGAGCUUUCUAUGAAAGCCCAGGGGCUGUGUGUGCGUGCGUGCGUGCGUAUGCAUAUGUGUGUACAUGUAUGUGCAGGUACUUUGUCAGUCACCUUUCCUGGAAUAAAAACAAAUCUAAUUAAAAACCGAAA